AUGGUUAUAUCAUGGCCACGUUGGCCUGGUCGGAAGACAGGUGAGCUGCCUCUGGACAUCAACAUCCAUGAUCCUCGAUGGGACCAGAACACUUUUAUGGGCCGAGCUAAGCAUUUUUUCACCAUCACCAACCCCUUGAACCUUCUACUAUCUGAUCAGGAACUGCAUAAGGCCCAAACCAUUGUGAAGAACUACAAGGCAGGGAUUGUGACCCCUGGGCUGACUGAAGAUGAACUAUGGAGGGCCAAGUAUAGAUAUGACUCGGCCUUCCACCCUGACACUGACCAGAAGAUCUAUCUCAUUGGCCGAAUGUCAGCCCAAGCACCCAUGAAUAUGAUCAUCUGUGGCUUUAUGCUCACUUUCCAUAGGAACUUUGCAUCUGUGGUGUUCUGGCAGUGGGUGAACCAGUCCUUCAAUGCUAUUGUCAACUACUCCAAUAGAAAUGGAAAUGUAACAGUUACUGAAAAGCAAUUGGGAGUAGCUUACAUGAGUGCUACCACUGGAGCUGUGGUCACUGCUGUGGGAUUCAGAGCCCUCACCAAACAUCUACCCAGCCUGGUUGCCUGCUUCAUGCCAUUAACAGCUGUAUGUGCUGCCAACUGCAUCAAUGUCCCACUGAUGCGGGAGAGGGAGAUCCGAAUGGGAAUCCCUGUGACUGAUGAUUCUGGCCAUAAGUUAGGUUACUCUUCAAAGGCAGCUCAGAAGGGCAUCUUCCAGGUGGUGAUAUCCCGGAUCGUCAUGGCUUUCCCUUCUCUGACCAUACCCCCUCUACUUAUGACUGAAUUAGAGAAAAAAGACUUCUUGAAGAGAAGACCAUGGCUCUCAUGCCCUGUGCAGAUGGGGAUGGUUGGCUUUCUUCAGUUGUUUGCCACUCCUCUGUGUUGUGCAAUUUUUCCCCAAAGGAGUUCCAUUCUAGUGAAAUACCUAGAGCCAGAGCUCAGAGCUCAGAUCAAGGAACAUAGCCCAAACACUGAGGUCGUUUACUUCAACAAGGGACUCUGA